AUGGGCGCCAGGAGACCGGAACGGCCCGGCCCGGCCCGGCGCGGCCCCGCGCACCUUGCGGCCCCGCCCCGUGACGUGCCAGGCGGUGACGUCACACCCACCACCUGCGCGGCGCCUGAAAAGCGCAGGAGCGGCCCCGCCUCCCGCUCACCUGCGCCCCGCCCCGCCGACGUGACGGCCCGUGCCUCGUGGGAGCGAUCGCUCCGGAGCCUGUCCUCGUGUGUGCACACCUGUCCUCCGCACGCGUGUCCGUGUUUGCAUUCGCGUGCGCCAGCACACCGCGCAUGCGCCGUGCGGCGGUCGCGGCCGUUCCGCGCCGGACGUGGCAGCGGCGGGAGCGAUGCGGGCGGUGCCGUCGGGGCGGGGCCAGGGCCGGGGCUGUGGCUGCUGCUGACGGCGGCGCUGGUGGCGGGCAGCGGCUCGGAGCACCCCCGGCUCCGCCAGACCGUGCUGCGGGACCUGGCCCGCGGCAAGGUGGAGAGCUGCGGCGGGUGACGGCUGAACCGCCUCAGGGAGGUGAAGGCGUUCGUCACCCAGGACAUCCCGUUGUACCAUAACCUGGAGAUGAAACACCUGCCUGGUGCUGACCCUGAGCUUGUGCUCCUCAGCGUCCGGUAUGAAGAGCUAGAGAGAAUUCCCCUGAGCGACAUGACCCGGGAAGAGAUCAACCAGCUGGUGCAGGAAUUGGGCUUCUACCGCAAGGAGACACCUGAUGCCCCUGUGCCAGAGGAGUUCCAGUUUGCCCCUGCCAAGUCUCUGCCAAUACUGCUGCAUCCCCAAGCACCCACUGCUGAUGGCAAGACCCCACCCAAACAUGACAAGGAAGAACACCCAGACCUCUAGCAAGGAGUGCCACCCUUAGGACAGGGUCCUGCAGCCAGUUCCCAGUGUAGGGAAUGAGGGUGUUAUGGCAGCUGGACAUGCUAUCACAGGGUGGCAAAGGUUUUCUCCCCUUGGUCUUGUUUGUGUGCUGGUUGAUGCCCUCCUGUCCUUGGAGCCCAUUAUCCUUGGCCAAUCUAGAAGGAGGAGCAUUCUGUGCAAUCUUGCUGUGCACAGACUGGGCAGCAGUAUCCUGCCUGCAUGGGACGGGAUGAAACCCUCAGCAGAAAGUGCCAGGUGCUAAGGGUAGAUGUGCUGAGUCCCAAAGGUGGGAGAGCUGCCCCAAAAAGGGGGCUUUACCCCCCCGCAGCAGGGUUUAUGUCAUAUCCAGCUCCUAGUAAAGCUUUUAUUUUGCAGUCA